CUACAGGAAAAAAAAAAAGAAGGGAAGGGACGGGAAGGGAGCACUCAGGCAGUCUGGGUUGGGUCUGCUCGCCGCUUACAAGGAGAGAGGCUGCUUGCUAUUCAUGCAGUCAUAAGCUCAUCUCUUUCUUCUCCCCUCUUUUCUUUUCUCCCCUUUUCCCCCUUUUUUCGCUCAUGAUGGACUUUGUGCAUUUGAGGACUUUCCUUUUUUUGCUGCUCUCCAGCGCUCAGGUUUUGAUUGUUACAAGCCAGGAUGAUGGAGGCGAUGGCAGCUGCAAAGCAGAUGGCCAAGUGUUCCCCAACAGGGACAUCUGGAAGCCGGAGCCCUGCCGACUCUGCGUCUGCGACAACGGCCAGGUCCUCUGCGACAACAUCCAGUGCGAGGAGCUGAGCAACUGUGAGAAGGUGGUCGUCCCCGAGGGAGAGUGCUGUCCCAUUUGCCAGAGUGAAACCCCCAGCCGUGGCGGCGGCGGCGGCGGCGGCGGUGGUGGUGGUGGCGGCGGCUCAUAUGGUGGGGGCGGAGGUUACCAGGGGCAGAAAGGAGAGCCUGGUGAGGUCCCAAUCGUGACUGGAAUCCGAGGUCGUCCUGGACCUAUGGGACCACCUGGUGGUCCAGGAGCAAGAGGACCCAGAGGAAACAAAGGAAGGCCUGGACUGCGAGGCUCUCCCGGUUACGACGGAGAGCCGGGAGUUCCGGGUCAGCCCGGUGAAUCUGGACCUCCUGGACACCCGACUCAUCCCGGAGGUCUCGGCUCGCAGAUGGCCGGAGUGUUGGAAGGAAAGAAUGCACCGCAAAGCAUGUUGACCGGCUCAAGGGGUGAAGCUGGAGCAAGAGGACCUCCCGGGCCAAGUGGUUCCCCUGGUCAGGCUGGACCACAAGGACCUCCAGGAGAUGUUGGAGAUCCAGGGCACAUGGGUCCGUCUGGGCAAAGAGGACCCGAGGGCCCCCCAGGGAAACCAGGAGAAGACGGUGAAUCAGGCAAGCCAGGAAAUAGCGGAGAAGUUGGCUUCCCAGGUUCCCAAGGAGCAAGAGGAUUUCCAGGUACUCCAGGGCCUCCUGGGCUAAAAGGUCACAGAGGACAUGCAGGACUUCUUGGGCAAAAAGGAGAAUAUGGAGCUGUUGGAUCCAAGGGUGCCCUAGGCCCACCUGGUCCAAUGGGAGCACCCGGACCAAUGGGUCCUGCUGGGAUGCCUGGAGAAAGGGGCCGCUCUGGCCCUGGUGGCGCAGCGGGUAAACGUGGUCUACCUGGUAACGUUGGAAAACCAGGUCCAAUUGGUCCCCUGGGUCUCAGUGGCCCUUCUGGAUACCCAGGAACACCCGGCAUGAAGGGACAACCUGGCCCCACUGGUGUACGGGGUCCAGAGGGCCCUCAAGGGCAAAGAGGAGAGACUGGUCAUCUGGGGAGACCUGGAGCAGUUGGCCUCAGGGGACCCUUGGGUACAGAUGGCGGCACAGGAGUCAAAGGCCCAGUGGGAAACCUUGGUCCACAAGGCCCAGGCGGGCAUCUUGGACCCUCUGGACCUCCCGGACCUCAGGGAAGCACAGGCCAGCCUGGCAUCAAAGGACAACUGGGAGAUGUUGGAGUACCAGGAUUUAAGGGAGAGGCUGGACCCAAAGGAGAAUUUGGUCCCCCAGGAUCCCAGGGAGUGAUUGGCCCCCAGGGUGAGGAAGGAAAGCGGGGACCGAGGGGAGACCCAGGAACUGUUGGUCCCCCUGGUGCUGUUGGUGAGAGAGGUUCCCCAGGUAAUCGAGGGUUCCCCGGUGCUGAUGGUUUGCCUGGACCCAAGGGUUCUCAGGGAGACCGUGGAAUAUCAGGCCCAUCAGGACCAAAGGGUUCCUUAGGAGACCCUGGUCGUACAGGAGAACCUGGUCUACCAGGUGCAAGGGGUCUUACUGGUACUCCUGGAGUGCAGGGGGCCGAGGGAAAGCCAGGGCCAGUGGGUGGGCCCGGUGAAGAUGGUCGCCCAGGCCCUGCGGGCUCCAUUGGCAACAGAGGACCUGCAGGAACGAUGGGAAUACCAGGCCCCAAGGGAUUUAAUGGGGAUCCGGGAAAGACAGGUGAACAAGGAUCUGCUGGAGUAGCUGGUCAGAGGGGUCCUCCUGGAAAAGAUGGAGAGGUUGGACCUGCCGGUCCACCAGGCCCAUCAGGUGUUGCGGGUGACAGAGGAGAACAGGGACCCCCAGGUGUAAAUGGAUUCCAGGGUUUACCAGGAAAUCAAGGUCCCCCUGGAGAAUCCGGGAAACCAGGUGACCUAGGUAUUCCUGGAGAGCUUGGUGCAGUUGGUCAAAUUGGCCCUCGGGGUGAGCGUGGAACUCCAGGGGAGAGAGGCGAGCUGGGUCCAGUUGGUCUGCAGGGACCCAAGGGAAUCCCAGGAGCUCCUGGUCCCGAUGGGCCAAAGGGUAGUCCUGGUCCUGCUGGUGCCCUUGGUGAUGUGGGUCCUCCAGGUCUUCAGGGGAUGCCAGGGGAAAGAGGCAUUUCUGGCCCAUCUGGACCGAAAGGUGACAGAGGAGCCAUUGGUGAGAAAGGCUCAGAGGGUACACCUGGAAAUGACGGAGCAAGGGGUGCACCUGGACCAGUUGGCCCAUUAGGACCUGCAGGGCCCAGUGGUGAAAAGGGAGAACCUGGACCUAAAGGACCUGCUGGACCUCUAGGUUCUAGAGGAGUGCCUGGAGCCAGAGGUGACCCUGGCCCAAUUGGUUCAGUUGGUUUUGCUGGACCGCCUGGUAUCGAUGGCCAACCUGGAGUCAAAGGAGAGACAGGGGAACCCGGCCAGAAAGGAGAUGCUGGAUCCCCUGGACCCCAAGGCUUAGCUGGUGCUCAUGGUCCUCCUGGGCCGAUUGGUGUAGCUGGACUGAAAGGCGGAAGAGGAACACAGGGUGCACCGGGGCCCACCGGUUUCCCUGGAUCUGCAGGAAGAGUUGGCCCACCAGGUCCAACUGGUCCAAUUGGUGAACCUGGACCACUGGGAGCACCUGGAAAAGAGGGUCCUGCCGGUCUUCGUGGUGACCAUGGAGCAAAUGGAAGACAAGGAGAGCGAGGACCACCAGGACCUCCGGGAAGCUCUGGAGACAAGGGAGAUUCUGGAGAAGACGGCCCUACGGGUCCUGAUGGUCCUCCAGGGCCAGCGGGAACUACAGGACAGAGAGGCAUUGUGGGUCUUCCAGGUGUACGAGGAGAACGGGGAAUGCCAGGUCUCCCAGGGCCAGCAGGACUGCCAGGAAAACAGGGAUCCCCUGGAUCAACUGGAGACAAAGGUCCUCCGGGACCAGUUGGCGUUCCAGGUGCCAAUGGACCACGUGGUGAUCCUGGUCCUGAUGGCCCCGCUGGUUCAGACGGUCCACCAGGCAAAGAAGGCGUUCUUGGACAACGGGGAGACAGAGGGGAUCAUGGUCCAGAGGGUUUGGCUGGUCCUCAGGGACUUCCGGGCCCCUCAGGUCCCGUUGGUGUAGCUGGGGAAGCUGGAAAACGAGGCCACGCUGGCUCCAGAGGACCUGUUGGUCCUCCCGGAUCGGCAGGAAAGAGAGGAUUACUGGGACCCCAAGGACCACGCGGAGAUAAGGGGGAUCUGGGUGAUCAUGGAGAGAGAGGCCAGAAGGGUCAUCGUGGAUUUACUGGUUUGCAGGGUCUUCCUGGGCCUCCUGGUACAACAGGUGAACAGGGAGCUUCUGGAAUCAUUGGACCAAAUGGUGCACGGGGGCCACCUGGUCCUAUCGGGCCUCCUGGAAAAGAAGGAUACAUUGGACAGCCUGGGCCCAUGGGACCUCCAGGAACACGAGGAAUCUCCGGAGAAAUCGGACCUGAGGGCCCUCCAGGAGAACCUGGACCCCCAGGCCUUCCUGGGCCACCAGGACCUCCCGUGGCAGCUAUGGAUGAUCUGUUUGGAGGCUUUCACGAUUACGACGAUGCCCCCCCUCCACCACCAGAGUUCAGCGAGGAUGAGGCUCUACCCAACAGCAACAACUCCAGCGUCUUACCGGUGGACCCUGGCGUGCAGGCCACCCUCAAAGCUCUCAGCAGCCAAAUUGACAGCAUGAAGAGUCCAGACGGCAGCCGCAAGCACCCUGCCAGGACCUGCGAUGACCUCAAGAGAUGCUACCCCUCCAAAAAGAGCGGAGAAUUCUGGGUGGACCCUAACCAAGGCAGCGCCGAGGACGCCAUUAAAGUGUACUGCAACCUGGACACCGGGGAGACGUGCAUCUCCGCCAACCCGGCCAGCCUACCUCGUAAAAACUGGUGGAGCUCUUCCAAGAACAAACCUGUGUGGUUUGGAGCCGACAUCAACAGAGGAACACAUUUCACUUAUGGCAACAAAGAGCAGUCUGCAAAUGCCCUGAGAGUGCAGAUGACUUUCAUUCGCCUGCUGUCCAAAGAAGCGUCUCAGUCUAUCACCUACCACUGCAAGAACUCUGUGGGCUACAAGGACCAGAAGGCGGGCAACCUGAAGAAGGCCGUGGUCCUCAAAGCCUCCAACGACCUGGAGCUGAAAGCUGAGGGCAACAACCGCUUCAGAUACACCGUGGUGGAAGACUCCUGCACUCAACCAAACGGCAACUGGGGCAAGACAGUGUUUGAGUACAGGACACAGAAAACUGCCCGACUUCCCAUUGUGGAUCUGGCCCCUGUGGACAUUGGCGGCCCCAAUCAAGAGUUUGGCAUCGAUAUCGGGCCAGUGUGCUUCUUAUAAAACCAAAACGUCAGCGUGUGAUGGUGAGACUAUUGAACUGACAGCUGACCCCGAUCAGCCACAUUGUACAUACGAGUACUGAGGACUAUUCUGGCCCUGUGGCGAGAUAUUUAUUGUGCCUUUCGACUCCGAACACAUCCAAAGAUUUGCGCAGAAAGUUUGAAAUUCCAACCAAUUAACGAUUGGUGCCAUUCAAAGCAUUCCCUUUCGUUUUACUAUGUAUGUCUUGACUUUCUGCCUCAUUGAGUUCCAAAGUUUCCUGAUUUUCUUUUUUUUUCACCACUAAAACGUAAAUGUCCAAAUAAAGAUUUAUAAAUUUGAAAUGCUUACCUUGUUUACCAUGCGGUGGAGCAACUUAGGGGGACAUUUGGCAAUUUCAUCGCGGUGUCUCGAGGGCCAACAAAGUUAGCCUGUUAUGAGGGGGCGGUCCCGUCUCGUGACAUGCUGCCAAAGCAAUGCGGAGUAAAGCUUUCGUUACCCAGAGGCGGCUCUCGGGCUCGACCGUGGGAAGCGGUUUCGACUAACGGAUACGCAGCCCACAGUUUGGGGGAAAAUAAAUGACCAGCCAUAGAAAGACGGAGACCACUUCAUGCUCGUGUCGAUUCGGUGCUGCAGAUUCAUCCACCCCCAAAUGUAAAUUCCCAAGUGUGUCCAUACCUCCACCACGCAUCAGAGGCUAAUGCUGAUGCUAAUUGUGCGUCCAACAAAACUCCCUGCAGCUUUGCUUCCCUUUUGACUUUGAUGAUAGCGCUUCACCCAGUGGCUGUAGCUGGGAAGGGAUGGAUGACCAUCCAAUGAGCUCCAAUGUUCCUUCAUCAAAUGAGACAGAAAAAGGGUCCUCACAAAAGAUGGAGCCACUCGUUUGAUUUCACACUUGCUGGCCGGCCAGGGACACCAGGGACCCAACAUAAAAGCAAUUCAAAAGUCAAUUUUCCAAAAUACGGCCCCUUUACCCAUCUUUGCUUGACAAUUUUAUGGCCUGGUGUUUUAAAUCUUCAAAGAUUGUUCAUCUCUUUGAUAGCUCAGCGCAGAACAGCAAAGAUUCUAACACACCACCUAUCUGGGAACAAGUCGGCCAUUUUUUUUCUUUCUUUUCAUUUUAAUCCAAGGAGGACUAUGCAGAUGUCAACACCCCCCCCCCAAAAAUAUCCCGAUUGCCGUUUCCUUUGUUAGCUACCUCGUCACCGAGACUGACAUCCACCCGUGCAAGACUUUUGUCUUUUUGUGUCUGUUUUGUGAAGUAGCAUGAUGCUAACUCCUCCAAGCUAUCACGGUGCGGAACCUUCCGUCGUGCUUUGUAAUGUUUUUCUUUUUUACUCCUAAUAAUACUGAAACAAUCAACGGUAGCACAGCUUAUUCUGCUUUUUUAUGCAUGUUGGUUGUCCCUUUUCAGUAAACUGGGUUUUUAUAUAAUCUUCAAAUCAUUUAACAUUUUUUUCUUUGAAUAGACCAAGGUGGCUAUGAGUGCCUAUUUGCUUUGUAUCUCCUGCUAUGCAACAAAUUAAACAAAAUGCUUGUUAAUCCC